AUGACCAAACUUCACGGCAAGGACCAUUGCCCAACUACUGACAAUACCCCGAGGAAGGUACCGGAUGUGUACACAUCUCUCUUGCAUCCACAUAGUCCUCCAAUUGAGCAUGACCUCCUCCCACCCGACUCUACAAACAAUAUAGAGAGUAAUUCUCUUAUCAUUGAAUCAUGGGUCUUGCUCAAGGGCGCUGUUCCUGUCAUUCUUGCCUACAUGCUUCAAAUGAGCUUGCAAACAGUCACCGUUAUCAUUGCAGGCCGCGCAUCUCCGCUGAAUCUGGCUGUCAGUGCGUUCUCUCUCAUGUUUGCUUUAGUGACAGGAUGGAUGAUUGCACUGGGAGGAACAACUGCUCUAGACACCUUGGCCUCAUCAACGUUUACCGGCAGCAAAAACAAGUACGACUUGGGAAUAUUGCUCCAACGAGCAUUCUUGGUUCUUGGUGCUCUCUACAUACCCGUCGCUAUUAUCUGGGCAUGCUCCGAUCCCAUUUUUCGAGCUCUCGGUCAAGACCCUGAACUGUCAUAUCAGAGUUCAAGAUUCCUGACCUGCCUCAUUCCCGGGGGACUUGGGUAUAUUUACUUUGAGAUCAUGAAGAAGUACUUGCAAGCGCAAGGCAUCAUGAGAGCAGGAACAUAUGUUCUUAUGAUUACUUCACCUCUCAACGCCGUUCUGUGUUAUACGUUCUGCUACACACUCGAUAUCGGGAUCCUCGGUGCCCCCCUUGCAGCCAAUAUGUCGUACUGGCUAUCUUUCAUACUCUUGGUUCUCUAUGCAAAAUACAUCGCUGGUUCAGAAUGUUGGGGUGGGUGGUCGCGGGAUGCUUAUCAAAACCUGGGAACUUUCACACGACUGGCGAUUCUCGGGAUUCUACAUGUUGGCACUGAGUGGUGGGCGUUCGAAAUCGUCGCACUAGCUGCAGGUCGCCUCGGUACUAUUUCACUCGCCUCUCAAAGUGUGAUAAUGACCGCAGAUCAAAUCAUGAACACUAUUCCGUUCGGUAUUGGCGUUUCUAUCUCAUCUCGAGUAGGAAAUCUACUGGGGUCCCGAGACGCCAAAGGAGCGAUGCGCGCUGCUCACUUGGCCACUGUACUUGCCUGUGUCUUUGGCGUGGUGGUGCUUGCUAUCCUAAUGGGCACUCGCAAUCAAUUCGCCAAGAUAUUCAACAAUGAUCCCCAGGUGAUAGAUCUGACCUCUGAGAUCAUACCAUAUGUUGCGUUGUUUCAGAUUGCAGACGGUAUAAAUGGUGCUUGUGGUGGAGUUCUGCGAGGUAUGGGAAGACAGCACUUAGGCGCGGCAGUGAACCUCGUUAGCUAUUAUUGUUUUGCGUUGCCUUUGGGUAUUUGGCUUGCAUUCCAACAUGGUUGGGGCCUCAAAGGUCUUUGGGUUGGUCAGUGUGUUGCCCUUUACUGUGUUGGUAUUUUGGAGUGGAUCGUUGUUGCCUGCACCAAAUGGGAUGAUGAAGUGCACAACGCCUUCAAGCGUAUGGAUCAUGAGAGCUCGGAUGAUAUACCUGAGGAAUCCAUGGGUGAUGUUUGA